AUGGAGCAGCCACGAAUCGGCGCAUGCAGCACUGCUUUCCUUGAGAUUCCUGCAGGAAUGCUAGAUGACAAGUCUGGCGAUAUAAUUGGGAAAGCAAUGGAGGAAAUCCAAGAAGAGACGGGCCUGAAGGUCAGGAAAGAGGAGUUGAUUGACCUGACCGCAAUGGCCCUUCAGCAGGCUCAAACGAAAGAGCACCUUCAACCAGCUGUGUACAUGAGCCCUGCAAAUCUCGACGAAUACAUCCCGCUGCUGUUGUGGGAGAAAGAUCUGGACCGGAAGGAGAUCGAGGCUCUGAAGGGGAAGUUGACGGGCGAACGUGCGAAGGACGAGUUGAUCACUUUGCGCGUCCGCGAUUACGAAGUGCUCUGGAAAGAGGGCGCAAGAGAUGCUAAAACGCUCUGUGCGUGGGCGCUGUACGAAGGAUUGAACGGGGCCGGAAAGAUUGAAGAGCAAUUACGGCAAAUUCGCAUAUUCGGACACACGGAUGACUCACAGGGGAGAAGAUAUCUCCCCUAA